AUGUCCUCUCAGCCCACUGAAAACGUCUGGAAGUACGUCGGAAUCACGGCGGCGACAAGUGCCGCAUUCGGUCUUUUUCUCCACUUUUCCCGUCGCGACGACAGGAAUAUCGUCGAAAUCGAACGACUUCAGAUGAUGGUCGAAGUAUUGGGCGUGAAGAUGGAGGACUUGGAAUCCAUUCUGAAGAGUAUCAACGAGGAAGUGAAGAAUCAGAAGGCGCUGAAAACGUCGAAUAGUGGAGGCGCUCUGAAGAGUGUUUCUUUCAAAUUGGCCUCAGAAGCGAGCACGAGUCGUAGCGGAUCCGGCAGGCCGAUGUCGCGCACGAGAAGUUGGCAGUCGAUCACUUCGGAUUCGGAAUACGGAGACGCCGAAGAAGACUGGUAAGCGCCGUUAGGAUAAUUUUCAUAUUUGUGGGCCCAAGACGACCGUAAUUUUUAGCAUUUCCUAAUGAUAACAAAAAUCAUUUAUGACAGAUCUAAAUAUAAAUAUAAGAAAAGAUAAGAUAAAUGACGUAAUGUGACCCGUCUGGUGAGCUCAAGACUCCCCCACUCUCUGUCAUUCAUUCUCUUCUUCUUCUCCAUUCUUUCUUUCAUUUCCAACGGCUCUAAUUGAUAGUUUUUUGAUCUCCUGACUUUCGGGGUAAGCUCCAAUUUCACGAAAUCGACAAAGCCAUGAAGGUUCUAGUUAUUCUUUCGACAAUUCUCAUAGGAGUAAAAGCCAGGUUCGAGAUUCAAAUCGACGCGUUCGGGCGACAGAAAAAGGCAAAAAGUGUGUUGCAGGUACACCGACGAUCGCGCAUUCGGAGACGCCAAACCGGUCGACAGUUCCACAUCACAGCAGGUCAGUUUUAGACACGUCUCAUUCGUCCUGUACUUUAUGCAUUGGUGCUUGAUUGCUUGCUUCUAGAAAGAUAGCACUCGAUGUUUUGUGUCAAAUGACUAGUGGAAUUUUAACUGCUCAUUCUAGAGCACAUUUUCUUCUUCGUGGCAAGACCCAUUUGGCAUCGAUUCAUGAAUGUGCCCCGGCCUCUCCCUGGUCCGUUUGUUUGUGUAGCCUACACGAACGCAUCUUUCUCUCUCUCUCUCUCUCCGUCUGUGUGUAUCCGACUCGUCACUCUGUCUCUCCGCGUUGCCGGCCGUGAAUCACUCGGCGACGUAGCAGAAAACAUCACUUGUGUUCUCCGUUUUCUCUCCCGUUUUCGAUACGAUUUUUCUGUGUGUGUGUGUGUGUGUUUGUGUAAUGAUAAGCAACGUGUAUUUGUGCAUUUCAGUCCGUCGCUCACACUUUUGUUCAACAAAACGAUAUGUCGUUCGAUAAUCUCGACGCUCUCUUCGGAACGGAUCGCGUUCAAGAAGGAUAUGACGAGCUAAAAAAGGUGAGACAAUUUUAAAAAUUUGAGGAAAAGUUAUGAAAUUACAAUCGAUUUUCAGCGAUAUGACGCCGGAGAGCACUCGAUCGAUGUCCUCUGGAGGCUGGCCAAGUUCUGCAACGAGAUUGGCAACCGAGUGGAGAAGGACAAGAGAAAGGAGAUCAUCACGGAGGGAAAGAAGUACGCCGUCGAGGCGUGGAACACCGACUCGAACAACUUUCUGGCAGCGAGAUGGGCGGCGCUCAUGUCGGGAAAAGUCACCGAGUACCUGGGGACCAAGGACAAGAUCGAGGAGGGAAAGCACUGCAAGGUAUGGAUAGUCAGCUAGACACAAAUGCAUUGAGAGCUUUUCUUUCAGGAGUAUCUCGACCGUGCCAUCUCGAUUCAGCCAAAGGAGGACGCUCUUCUUCAUCUCCGCGGCCGCUGGGCCCUUUCUGUCGCCAAUCUCUCGUGGCUCGAGCGAAAGGCCGCCGCGAUUCUCUACUCAGAACCACCAACCGCCACCGUCGAGGAGGCGAUCGCCGACUUCCAGGCCGCCUACGACAUCAACCCGGAGUGGAUCGAGAACACAGUCUACCUCGGAAAGGCACUGUACCAGAAGGGCGACAAGUCCGCCGCGAAGCCGUUCUUCGAGAAGGCACUUUCGGUCGCCCCGAAAAACGAUAACGAGAAGGAGCUGCUCGCCGAGGCCAAGACGCUGUCCGGAAAGUGCUAA